ACAACGAACACGUCAGAAAGCGUUUCAAUAUGGCGUCAAACGGCGCGCUGUUGUACAAAUGACGAGUUGUUGCCCGCGUUCGGGGCGUGUGAGCUAACAGCUAACAUACUUCGACAGAACCCCCCCAACCUGAUAACUUAAUUAAGUUAACCUUGGAAGGCAAGAAAACGACUGGAAAAUGUGAACUUCCAUUCGAGUGGAUGUGGAGCUGUCAGCGGCGUUUGUCACGUGGUGCCGUACGUGACCGCGUUUGAUGACGACACAGCUUGAUGACGUCAGACGUAAUCAGUCUGUGGAUUGAUUGGCUAACACCUCCUCACGUCUGUGAAUACAAAACGCCCUAAAUAUUUAUAACAAUUUGAUUUUUUUUGGGGGUGGUUUUGUUAUUGUUUGAACCGAAGUAUCUGAAAUGGAUUCCGGCGAAAGGAUAAAGACGAAAGCAGGCCACAGAGUGGGUUGUUCGACGGACAAACGUAAGCAACAAUGCUUCAUAGAAGCGGUGGCGCAUGGUACUGCAAGCCACUAGUGCGACAUCAUUUCAAAUGAAGUGAGACGCUUAUAUCACUGCAGAGCUGACUGUACAUGUAAUUGCUUGCUGCUAUAUUACAUAUUUAGUGAUAUACCAUAUAGAUUUAAAAAUCUCGCUGACAGUUUUUAAUUAUUUCCAUUCCGCAAUGAUAGAGCAGGCGUCUGACUAAACCACACAUCUGUGUUACAUCCCUAAAGUAAUUUACUCACACAUUUAAGUUGUUUGAUUUAAAUUAGAAGAGCAUUCAUUUGCUCUUGAAAUCUCCUUCCCCCUCUGCGGGCCAGUAACAUGACAAUAAAGUCCUGCUGCCAAGGACCCCCAAGUUGCUAAGUAACAAUGCCAAACAAGAGGAAACUUGGAUUUGUAGUCUGCAGCAUUGGAAACAUUGCAUCCCCAAGCUUUCCUCUCGGUUUGGAGGAGUAAAAUCAGCAGGAGAUGCAGCUGUUGGUGUGCAGUUAAAACGGACCACAAUCUCGUCGCUUUGAUAAGGGGAAUACAAGAAUAUGCACCAUGGCCAAAAGGAAAGGAGCCACCGGGACAAAGGUGACCCUUAAGGAUGCCAAGAAGGCCUUACGGAUGAAGCCCGACGGCUGGCGGAGACUUACGCUUAGCAACAUGGGCAUAACCAUCUUCCCGCAGUGUCUCUUCAAGCUGACGAACAUGGACGAGUUGGAUCUCAGCCGCAACGACAUUAAGAAACUGCCAGAAGGAAUCGGGAAGCUGUCGUCCCUCAGAUGGCUGGACAUGCACAGCAACAAGCUGGAGUCUGUGCCCGAGUCCAUCGGUCAACUGGUGGGCUUGACCUAUCUCAACCUCUGUAACAAUCGUCUAACCUCGACAGGUUUACCCUCAACGCUGGCUUCCCUUACCAAGUUGAAGAGUCUAAAUCUGGGAUUGAACAAGCUGAAUGCCUUGCUUCCUACUAUGGUCGCGCUGGAGAGUCUCCAAGAGUUAGCCCUAUUUGAUAAUCUCUUCACCAGGCUACCAGAGUUUGUCAAAGCGCUAGGCAAUCUGACUAAAGUGAAUAUACAAAGAAAUCCCUUGCUCAAAGUUGUGGAGGACGACGAGGAGAUGGAAACUGAAAAGUCUGACGACGAGGACAAUGUGUUCCUCGUUCAUGAGAGCAGACUAUGUAAUUUGUGCUUCAAAAAAUGUAAAGACCCCAGGGGAAAUCAUAAGAAAGUAGACUGUGUGAGGUCAAAGUUGGAGGAGAUGAGGUCUUAUUCAGGACUGGUGACACCAAACUCUGUGGCCGCUGUCAAUCAGGAUGUGUGGCGAGUCAGAAGCUAGAACGCAAUGUGUUAUUCUUUUAUUUGGUAGCUGCAUGUUUUUGUGACCAUGCAGGUCAUGGUUCAGAAACCAUCGCUAAACAGAGCAGGGGUAUGCUACACCACCUACUCCCCACUUGCAAUGCUUUCCUUUUAUCCCCCCCCGAAGAGAUUCAAUAUUUUCGCCUCUUAUAAACCACAUACACAAAACUGUUACCUUUGGUUUCAGGUGACCAUUGCUACAACUGAAUGGAAUGCUAACAAGGGCGGUUCUACCCGAGCUACUGUUGCAGAGGGUCACGCCAAUGUUUUUGCACCACAACAAGGCAAAACCAUUCUUGGUACAUGUCCCUACUUUAAUGGAUUAAUACAUUGGAUCCAGCUAGCUAGCUCUAGAUUUCAGACUACAGCUGUCCUAUCGAAGUCUGAAAGCAUGAACUGAUGAAGCAUGCUCGACUACUAAGACACACUGAACAGUGAAUGAAUGCUUUUGAGUAUCUCUUACAUAAGCUAAUGAAUAAAACCAGAACGAAAACUGUCUCAAUACAUUGACAUUAGAUUAUCAUGAUACCUACCUGGCGUUAGCAAUGACAUCAGCAACUCCUCUGCCUUUUAAUGACGAAACAACCUUGCACAACCUGUAAGAGGCAGAGCUGAGGUCAGCUCACUGUCAAUACUUUCUUUCUGUAUUCAGUCUUGUACGUAUUACUUUACCUUUUAUAUGCAGAGACAUGAUCUUUAUUGAUGAACACCAAGAAGGCCGAGUGACCAUUUUUCAUGAAGACCUCAAUGGAAUUGUCCUGGGAAACAGAACAGUCUUUGCUUUGAAAGUACUACGGGUAACUUUAAAGACAAUUCUAAGACAUAGCUAACAACUGCUCUAUAAUGCAAGUUUUGCAUAUGCAAACUAGAAAUCUGAAGCGUUGUUUACCAAACUUUAUUAUUAAAACAAAUCCCUUGAUAGUGCUCAUACAACUUGGUUUUGGAUAGUCAAAAUACACUCAACCCCUCGGUUAUUGUUCCCCCCAUUUUUCGUAUGAUUUGCUUUUCAAUGACAAUUUUCGCCAAAAUUUUGUCUUUGUUUACCAUCCUGGUCAAACAUUGCUUCGAACAAAAAAGUCCAUUUGCCCGCAUAUUAUUCCGCAGAAAUCUAAUUCUCAAAGCAUCCAACAAGUGUGCUUCUUUUAUUAUGUGAAUGCUAGAUAAGCCACUGUGGGGCCAAAUAAAGUUACAAAGGCCAUCCAUCCAUUCAUUUUCUACCGCUUAUUCCCUUUGGGGUCACAGGAGGCACUGGUGCCUAUCUCAGCUACAAUCGGGCGGAAGGCGGGGUACACCCUGGACAAGUCUCCACCUCAUCGCAGGGCCAACACAGAUAGACGGACAACAUUCACACACUAGGGCCGAUAUUUAGUGUUGCCAAUCAACCUAUCCCCAGGUGCAUGUCUUUGGAAGUGGGAGGAAGCCCACGCAGUCACGGGGAGAACAUGCAAACUCCACACAGAAAGAUCCUGAGCCCGGGAUUGAACCCAGGACUUCUCGGGACCUUCGUAUUGUGAGGCAGGCGCACUAACCCCUCUACCACCGUGCUUCCCUGUUACAAAGGCCACUAAUUUAAUUAAAAAGCUGAGGAACACUAUUGGAUUUAAGAAAUCACUUGUUGCAAAGUAUGAAGUUGUGACGUUCACAAGGCCAAAUUUCCUCCUUCUGUAAUUACGUCUUGGUAUGGCACAGCGUACCUCAAGUCGUAGAGUGUGAAGGACAUUGCUGAGAAUAAAAAGUGGAUAAUGUUUAUUGAAACAGAAAAAGAAUCACUAAAAAUAUGUCCGAUGGUGUUGCCAACUUGGCUAAGCAAUUUGAGCGUGUCACUGCUAUACUGCACCAUACUGAAGCAGAAUCAGUUUAACGGCAGCCAAGAAUGUUAAAAUAAUAUUUAAACGGUGGACAUUCAUCCAUGAAAAUAUGGAAACGCUGCUGAUUGUGUGUUUGAUGGAGAAGCAGCUUGAAUAAGAUACUGCAAAAGUCUAGUCUCUAAGGUAAAAGUGUUACAUUAUAAAUAAAUUACGUUCUAAAACUAUAGUUGAUUGUACUACAUUCUAUUGUAUGGCAGUUUAUGUGUUAAAAGGAUGUGGUUUAGGGCAGUGGUUCUCCACCUUUUUCCAGUGAUGUACCCCCUGUGAACAUUUUAUUAAUUCAAUUACCCCCUAAUCAGAGCAAAGUAUUUUUGGUUGAAAAAAGAGAUAAAGAAGUAAAAUACAGUACUAUGUCCUCAGUUUCUGAUUUCUUAAAUUGUAUAUCAGUGCAAAAUAUUGCUCAUUUUUAGUGGUCUUUCUUGAACUAUUUGGAAAAAAAGAUAUAAAAAUAACUAAAAAACUUGUUGAAAAAUAAACCAGUGAUUCAAUUAUAAAUAAAUAUUUCUACACAUAGAAGUAAUCAUCAACUUAAAGCGCCCUUUUUGGGGAUUGUAAUAGAGAUCCAUCUGGAUUCAUGAAAUUAAUUCUAAACAUUUCUUCACAAAAAUAGAAAUCUUUAACAUCAAUAUUCAUGGAACAUGCCCACUAAAAAAUCUGUCAACACUGAAUAUUGCAUUGUUCCAUUUUUUUUCACAGUUUAUGAACUUUCAUUCAUAUUUUGUUGAAGUAUUAUUCAAUAAAUAUAAUUAUAAAGGAUUUUUGAAUUGUUGCUAUUUUUACAUUAUUUAAAAAAAAAUCUCACGUACCCCUUGGCAUACCUUCAAGCAGUGGUCCCCAACCUUUUUGUAUCCGCGGACUGGUCCAUCCAUCCAUCCAUCAUCUUCCGCUUAUCCGAGGUCGGGUCGCGGGGGCAGCAGCCUAAGCAGGGAAGCCCAGACUUCCCUAUCUCCAGCCACUUCGUCUAGCUCUUCCCGGGGGAUCCCGAGGCGUUCCCAGGCCAGCCGGGAGACAUAGUCUUCCCAACGUGUCCUGGGUCUUCCCCGUGGCCUCCUACCAGCUGGACGUGCCCUAAACACAUCCCUAGGGAGGCGUUCGGGUGGCAUCCUGACCAGAUGCCCGAACCACCUCAUCUGGCUCCUCUCGAUGUGGAGGAGCAGCGGCUUUACGUUGAGCUCCUCCCGGAUGGCAGAGCUUCUCACCCUAUCUCUAAGGGAGAGCCCCGCCACCCGGCGGAGGAAACUCAUUUCGGCCGCUUGUACCCGUGAUCUUAUCCUUUCGGACAUGACCCAAAGCUCAUGACCAUAGGUGAGGAUGGGAACGUAGAUUGACCGGUAAAUUGAGAGCUUUGCCUUCCGGCUCAGCUCCUUCUUCACCACAACGGAUCGAUACAACGUCCGCAUUACUGAAGACGCCGCACCGAUCCGCCUGUCGAUCUCACGCUCCACUCUUCCCCCACUCGUGAACAAGACUCCUAGGUACUUGAACUCCUCCACUUGGGGCAGGGUCUCCUCCCCAACCCGGAGAUGGCACUCCAACCUUUUCCGGGCGAGAACCAUGGACUCGGACUUGGAGGUGCUGAUUCU